AUGGAGAGCAAAAUGGUGGUUGUUUUUGGUGUGUUUGUGGCCGUGUUUGUGCAAUGUGUAGCAGCACAGACAGUGUAUGUGGUGGGAGAUAGCUUAGGUUGGACCAUUCCACAAUCUGGUCAACAAUAUGUCACAUGGGCAUAUGCUAACAAGUUUGCUGUUGGUGAUAUUCUCGGUAAGAUUUCUCAAGUCUUCUAA